AGCAGAAGAGAACCGGAAGGAGAGAAGACGACGACGGCGAUGGAGGAAGGAAACCAGGAUCUGAAGAUAGCGGCGGCCAAGCGGUUCCUGGAGAACUACUACAGGACGUUCGACGCGAAUGGGGCGGAUUUGGCGAGCCUGUACCGGGAAGAGUCGGUGAUGAUCUUCGAAGGCCGGAAGUUGCAGGGCAAGGAGGCUAUCCUCGCCGAACUCACCUCCCUUCAGCAGUGCCGGCACCAAAUCCUCACCAUCGGCUGCCAGCCCACCCCCCUCGGCAGCAGCGACUUGCUCGCCACGGUCUCCGGCAACAUCUGGCUAGACGGCAAGCAGGACGCCCGCCUUUUCGCCCAGAUGUUCAUGUUGGUCCCAACACCAGAAGGAAGCUUUUAUGUAUCGCGCAGCACUUUCCUAUAUCUCGUAUCCGAAUUGCGCGGGACCUUCGUGGCUUGAUCGGGAAUGGAAUGUCCAGGACGAACCGGUUCCUCUAGGAGGCCGGGGGCAGUUUCAGUCUGUUUUAUUUUCAAUAUUUUACUGCAGUGUCGUUUGAAACAGAUUUCUAUAUAUAUCGUGUGCGUUGCAACCGUGUUUUCCUUAACUAUGUCUGAGGGCUUGCAGUUUUACUUAGACCAUUAUUGUUGAUCAAGUGUGUGUUUUCCUUAACUAUGUCUGAGGGCUUGCAGUUUUACUUAGACCAUUAUUGUUGAUCAUGUGUGUGUUUUCCUUAACUAUGUCUGAGAGCUUGCAGUUUUGCUUA